AUAAGAAAACAAAUAGUAGAGGCAUCUGCUGAGACCAUGAAUAAAGUGAAAAAUGCACUGGAUGAAACCACUGAAGAGGGAUUAUCAGUGCAAGAUGUACUCAGUGAUGUGAACACCAGUGAAGAUGAAUAUCUAGAUGCAUUACGUGUCAAUUCCAAUGGAAAAUCCAUCAUGUAUGCAAGAACACCUCAAGAAACCAACAUAAACACAUACAACCCAACUCUCCUGAAAGCCUGGCAGGCAAACAUGGAUAUUCAGUAUGUGUGCAAUCCUUAUGCAUGUAUCCAUUACAUUGUAUCAUACAUUACAAAGGAUGAAAGAGAAAUGGGGCUAGCACUGAGGGAAGUCAGUAAAGCCUUCCGUGAUGCAGACAUUAAGAAAAGAAUGAAGCAUAUAGCUUCAUGCUUUCUAAACGUUCGUGAAGUGAGUGCACAAGAAACUGUAUAUCGUGUCUUAGGUCUACCACUGUAUAGGUCUACAUUUCAAACAGUGUUCAUCCAGACUGAUCUACCAGAGAACAGGGUAGUGUUCUUGAAACCAAAGUGUGUUCUACAAGGAAUGGAUGCAGAUAGUGAAGAUGUGUAUGCACAAACAUUCUCACAGAAGUAUGAGCAUCGGCCAACAGAAUUAGAGCAAUUGACACUAGCCGAGUUUGCAAGAUGGUACGUCCCUUCCUACAAAACUGAUGACAUGGAAACUGAGAAUGAUUUCCAACCGAAUCAACUCAAAGAAUCAUCGACUUCGAAACAAACUAUCAAAUUAACAGACAAAAAAGGCUACAUGAAGAAGCGUAACAAGCCUUGUAUUGUCAGGUAUCACAAGUUCAGUGAAAAUCAAGAAGAAGAGAGAUAUUGCCACCACAUGCUGAUGCUGUACCUACCAUGGCGAAAUGAGGAAACUGACCUCAAGAACAAUCAUCUGACUUAUGCUGAUCAUUAUCACACGAUAUCAGAUCAGAUUGAGUCAAAAAGAUCAGCAUUAGAAUCGUUCACAGAAAUCAUUGAAAAUGCUCUUGAACGACAUGAAGAAGAGGGGCCUCCUGUUCAUGCCUGGGACACGCUAGAUACAGGAACUCAACAAGAAAACGCGGAGGUCAAUGAAGAACAGUGUCAAAUACACCCUGAAUACAGCUUCCUUCAACCGAGCUCUGAACACACAGACACAGACAUAAAAGAAUCUGAAAUAUGUGCAUCACUACCUUUGGCUGUGGAAUGUCGACCUGAAUAUCUUAUUGAUGAGAUAUAUAGAAGUAAAGUUCAAUCUCUCAACCAGGAACAGCGCAAAGUGUUUGACUACAUGCAAAACUGGUGCACUGAUAUCAUGAAAAGUGGCAAGACAACCUGCAAAGCCAAAGCCAUACACCUCUUUGUAACUGGAGGAGCAGGAACAGGAAAAUCUCAUCUGAUUUUAGCAAUUCACCAAAUGGCUCUACGUACCUUGCAGAGGGAAGGAACCAAUCCUGAUGCACACAGAGUACUGUUGACAGCACCUACAGGAACUGCUGCAUUCAACAUUCAUGGAAGUACUUUGCACUCACUGUUUCUCCUUCCUCUUGGCCAAACUAAAGGAUACAAAAAGUUGAGUGAUGAAAAAAGGAACACACUUCGAUGCAAACUACAAGAUCUUGAAAUCCUGAUCAUUGAUGAGAUAUCAAUGGUAGGAUGUGACAUGUUGAUGACAAUAGAUCAGCGUCUAAGGGAAAUAAAAGGUACAGACAUCAUCUUUGGUGGAAUAACAGUCUUGGCCUUCGGAGAUUUGUACCAGUUAGCCCCAGUGUGUCAGCGAUUUGUCUUUCAAGAAGUAAAAGACCUGUUCGCUAGAUUGGCAGGAUCUCUAUGGCAGGACAAUUUCAUGAUAGCAGAGCUCACAGAAAUCAUGAGACAAAAAGAUGAUAAAGAAUUUGCAGAACUUCUGAACAGAAUAAGAGAAGGUGUCCACACAGAAGACGAUGUAGCAAAUUUGCAGCAAUGCUGUAUCUCGUCAGAAGACAAAAAUGAUUUGUCAGAUGCACUGCAUGGGUACUCAACGAACGCAAAGGUUGAUGCCUACAAUGAGGACAAACUUGCACACCUGAAAGGAAGAAUUAGGAAAUGUGUUGCUAUAGAUAGGAAACCUAAUACCCUGAAAGGUCAUGUAAUGAACAAAGACUCACGUUUCACUGGUGGAUUGCCAGCUGUCCUAGAAUUGAAGAUAGGGGCAAGAGUAAUGCUCAUUAGGAAUAUUGAUGUGAACGAUGGUCUUGUAAAUGGUGCAUUAGGAACAAUUGUCAGCUUCAAUGAAUUCAAUCCCUCAGUUACCAGUCCUAAGGAAGUCUUAGUCCAGUUUGACAAUCCAAGAGUUGGGGCAAUGGCUGGAGAAAAGACUUCUAUGAAUAAGGCUCAACACCCUACUGCAGUCCCUAUUGGUGUCAUAGAAGCAAAAUUUUCAAUUUCAGCACGUAAUCCCGGACUAGAAAUAAAAAGGCAACAAUUUCCUCUUCGACUAUCAUGGGCCACCACUAUACACAAGGUGCAAGGACUCACUGUCAAGGAUAUAGUAGUAUCUAUGGAAGGGAAGUUCAAUGAUGGACAAUGCUACGUUGCUUUGAGUAGAGUACCAAAGAUGUCAGGUCUUCAUCUUUUGCAGCUCACACCAAGUAAGAUUAAAGCAAGCAGAGCUGUGACCAAAGAGUUGAUGAGAAUGAGCAAUGAAAUGUCAUUUCAAUUCUUCCAUGAUGAAAUUGAGACUGCACUCAAGGAUCCUUGCCAAACACAAGUCAUUGCUGUGCACAAUAUAAGAUCGUUACCUGCUCAUUACGAUGAUCUCAAGGGACUUCCAUUCCUUGACAAAUGUACUGCUGUGUGUCUUACAGAAACCUGGCUUCAAUCACAUCACACUGCUUCCACGUACAAUUUGCCAAGCUAUCACCAAUUACGCAGAGAUAGAUCCAACACAGAGAAGGGUGGUGGUCUGUGCAUGUAUAUCAGCUCAUCUGUAAGGUAUCAGACCUUGGAUUCAUCACAAGACAAACCUGGGAUGGAAAUUCAGAGCAUCAUCCUACAUCCAGUCAAUAGCUCUCCAUUUCAUUUGGUGACCGUCUAUAGAAAUCCCAAAUCUUCAUUGGUAGAAUUCAGUGACAGAUAG